AUGAAGAAUCAGGUAGCAAUUAUUGGAGCUGGUCUUAGCGGCCUUCUUGCCUGUAAAUACACACUCUCAAAGGGUUUUAAUCCAAUUGUUUUUGAAGCAAGAAACAGCAUUGGAGGAGUAUGGAUUAAUACAGUAGAGACUACAAAGCUUCAAACUCCAAAACCAGCAUAUCAGUUCUCAGAUUUUGCUUGGCCAGAUUCAGUCACAGAACUCUUUCCUGACAAACAUCAAGCCUUGGAUUACCUGCAGUCAUAUGCACAUCAUUUUGACUUGUUUAAGCACAUCAAAUUCAGCACUAAAGUACUUGGCAUCAAGUAUGAAGGCGCAUCCGAUGAAGAGAUGCAGUCAUGGAGCUUGUGGGGUGGAAAUGGGGAGCCCUUCAACUCAAGAGGGAAAUGGAUAGUUGAAGCACAGGACACACAUAACCCUUCAACUCAGGUUUACCAAGUGGACUUUGUGAUCCUUUGCGUGGGACGGUUCAGUGAUGUUCCAAACAUCCCUGAAUUUGCUCCUGGCAAAGGCCCGAAAGCAUUUCAUGGGGACGUGAUGCAUUCUAUGGACUACGCCAACAUGGAUUAUGAAAGUGUUAGAGACUUUGUCAGAGGCAAGCGAGUUACCAUCGUGGGGUUCCAAAAAUUUGCAAUGGACAUUGCAAUGGAGUGCUCUACAACAAAUGGGGUUAAACAUCCGUGCAGAGUUUUAUACAGGACUGAACAUUGGAAUGUCCCUGACUACAAUCCAUGGGGAGUGCCUUUACCUUAUUUGUAUUUCAACCGCUUCUCGGAGCUCAUGGUUCAUAAGCCUGGUGAAGGAUUCCUACUCAGUCUGCUGGCAACAAUUCUUGCACCUCUGAGAUGGGCAUUUUCAAAAUUCGUCGAAAGUGAUAUCAAGAAGAAGCUCCGUUUGGCAAAGUUUGGAAUGGUUCCAAAGCACAGUUUUCUUCAAGAACUAAGUUCUUGUCUGAUUUCAACAGUUCCACAAGGAUUCUAUGAUAAAGUUGAAGAAGGAAGCAUCAAACUGAAGAAAGCUCCCAGUUUUAGCUUCUGCAAAGAAGGCAUAAAGGUUCAUGGUGAGGAUACACCAAUAGAAACCGACUUGGUCAUAUUGGCUACAGGAUAUAAAGGUGAAAAGAAGCUCAAAGACAUUUUUGAGUCCAAAAUGUUUCAGGACUCCAUACUUGGGUCCCCUAACGCUGCUGUUCCUCUCUACAGACAAUGUAUUCAUCCGCAAAUUCCACAACUAGCAGUUAUAGGAUUCUCAGAAAGCGUUGCAAACUUGUACACCUCAGAAAUGAGAUGCCGGUGGGUGGCAGAACUUCUUGAUGGCACUUUCAAGAUACCUAGCAUAAAAGAGAUGGAAAAAGAUGUUGCAAAAUGGGACCAGUAUAUGAAGCAAUAUUCUGGUGUAUAUUACCGUAGAUCAUGCAUCGGUGCCCUUCACAUAUGGUACAAUGAUCAACUAUGCAAAGACAUGGGAUGGAACCCAAAAAGAAAGAAGGGAUUCUUUGCUGAAUUGUUUGAGCCCUAUGGACCUGCCGAUUAUGUUUCCCCCUAA